CCCUUUCCCCACGGGUGAGAGGCACCCCUCACAGUCACAAUGCCCUCCGGGUCACAGAGGUGCUGCGCCCUAGGCCAGCCUCUGCCUGGAAAGCCCCCCUGGGAACAUCUGGGUACUUGGGCCUGAUUCCGGUCCCUAUGGCCUGUGGAACCUCACCACCGGGGGGAAGGCUGGGCCGGACGGAGUCAUCAGUGGUGCUGCCGGCCCCAUGGACGAGGUGGAGUGGACACCGAGACACCCCAAGCCGGAGGACCUAAGGGUCGGGCUCAUCAGCUGGGCAGGAUCCUACCUGACAUACGAGCCAUAUAAGAGGACUGUCACUGCAGAUGCCAGGGGUUUGGGCCGGAGACAGACCUGGGAGAUCCUGGUGAGCAAUGAGCAUGACACACAGGCUGUGGUACGACUAAGGAGCUUGCAGGGCCUCUACCUUCUGUGUGAGGCAGAUGGCAGUCUGUGCUAUGGCCGCCCGAGGACCAGCCACCAUGGGUGCUUCCUACUCCGUUUCCACCGAAAUGGCAAGUGGACCCUCCAGUGCAUAAUCAGUGGUCGUUAUCUGGAGUCUGAUGGUGAGGAUGUGUUCUGCAACUCCCGGGUCCUCUCAGCUUACCACAUGUGGACCCCCCGGCCAGCCCUGCAUGUCCACGUGAUCCUCUACAGUCCCUUCAACCAGUGCUAUGCCAGGGCUGACCCCACCACGUGUCGAGUCUGGGUGGACGCACCAGUUCCCUGCCUGAAGGAAUGUGGCUUCCUGUUGCAUUUUGAAGAUGGAUGCUACCACCUGGAGACCUCUACCCACUUCUUCUUGUCCCACUUAGACCGGCUGGUCUCCCAACCCUCAACACAGACAGCUUUUCACAUGCAAGUGCGGCCUGGAGGUCGCGUGGCACUCAGUGAUGGAGAAGGAGGCAUGCUGUACGCACAGGGCACACACCUGCUCCUGGGCCUGGGCUCCAGUCCCCACAGGGGCGAGGAGUGGUUCGUCCUACAGCGCUGUCCGACCUGGGUCAGCCUCAGGUCCAAGUCUCGGAAGUUCCUCUCCCUCAUCUAUGAUGUUGAGGUGCAUGCUGCCUUUGAGCACUUAACCCCAAUGUCAUUGUUCCAGUUUGAAAGUGACAAGGAGAGCCACGCCUUGCAGCUUCGUUCAACCAAUGGCUGCUACCUAGCCCAGAGGCGCCAUAGGACAGUGAUGGCUGAUGGGCACCCACUGGAGUCUGACACCUUCUUCCGUAUGCACUGGAAUUGCGGCAGGAUCAUCCUGCAGUCUCCCAGCGGACGCUUCUUGGGUAUCGCACCAAACAGCCUGCUAAUGUCCAAUGCCACUGUUCCAGGCCCGAAUGAGGAAUUUGGGAUUCUAUUAGCCAACCGCCCCUUCCUCGUGUUGCGAGGUCGGUAUGGAUACGUGGGCACCUCAUCGGAACAAGACCUCAUGCAGUGCAACAUGGAUCAGCCCGACUGCAUUCACCUGCUGCCCUGCCGCCAGGGCAUCUAUCACUUCCAGGCACAGGGUGGGGCCUUCUGGUCAAUCACAUCCUUUGGCACCUUCCGCCCUUGGGGAAAGUUCGCCCUCAACUUCUGCAUCGAGCUUCAGGGGAGCAACCAGCUUACAGUGCUAGCACCCAAUGGCUUCUACAUGCGAUCCGACCGAAGCGGCACCCUGUUUGCAGACAGCGAGGACAUUACCAAAGAGUGUAUUUGGGAAUUUUAGAUCAAUGGGAUGCCAACUAUUGAAAUCCAACACCUCCAGGAGAAACUACUACACUGAAUGGAACAGGAACUCCAGAGUCAAGAUCCAUGAGAAGAAUUAUGUUACACAACUUUUCCUACCCAGUUUUGCAAAACACCUGUUUCAAGCAAUAAUACAUCACAAAAGGCCACCCCCAAAA